UUAAUUAUCUGUCAUUGUAAUUUUUACUUUAUAAGAAUUAAAGUAAUUUUAUUAAUAAAAAUUAUCUUUUUACUGUAUUUAAACUUAAGAUAUUAGAUAAUUUAGGGAAAAUAAUGUCUCUUACUAAAGUGAAAGAUAACAAGGCCGAGCCUAUUGCUUACAGUGAAGCUGCAUUAAGAAACAAUGCAGGUGUUGUGGAAUACUGUAGAACAUCGAUGGCUGCUUUGUCGGGAUCCACUGCAGGUGUACUUGGCUUGACUGGAUUGUAUGGAUUCGCCUUCUAUGUUUUCGCCGUGGUCAGUUUAUGGAUCAUGUUCCUGAUCAAGACGGGGCCAAACUGGGAUAAAUAUCAUGUAUCCAGGCAAAGUUUACUCACAAAUGGAUUCUUUGGUGCACUCUUCACUUAUGUUCUCUUCUGGACAUUUAUUUAUGGAAUGGUUCAUGUAUAUUAAUUAGUAUUUAAUUAAAAUUGUUAAUGUAUGGGAAAUUGUUGAAAUGUAUAUGUAAAUAUAUAAAAAUUCAGUAGACCAACAGGG